AAAAAAUGAACUGUAAACGCGAUCACGGCCGUGGCUAAGGUCAAUGUUAGCGCUUCCUUCAGUGCACGUUGAGAGAGAAGCGCGCGCGCAUCCUGCGUCCGUGCAGUAUCCGCCCAAGGCGUAAUGUUCUAAUACUGUACACGAACGGGUUAACGAACUAAAUAAAAUAAGUGAUAACUCACUAGAACAAUCUUUUAAAACCAGUGAAUCGUUUGGAGUUAAGAGACAAAACUUGCAUAGUGAUUAAUCGAUUCCGACGUCUCACCAGCCUAUCGAUCACGUCAACCGAUAUCCAUUGGCGACAUCGCUUCUCCGAUAAUCGGAGCGACGUCCCGAUAUUUUCUUUUUUUUUUUUUUAAUAUAUUUAUCCUCAUUAACCGUGAUGGACGCGACGGGUCAAAUUCUCAAUGAUUACUCAUUUAUGACAUGUGGAGGACUUUAGGUGGGUGUAUAGACUAAUUGUUUUAUUUGAAAAUCUGAUUAACUUUCUUGAGUGUCAGUGGUUUAAAAUGGAGACGUUGGUUUUGAUACCGCAAGAACUGAGUCUGGCUUUGAGGCCUGGUGGUGCCAGGGGUAGAGAAGCUUCUGUUAGCGUUUGGUCGUCAUCAGAGCUGCAAAGAGGGUCCCUGUUGUACCCAUUCCAAGGCACUAUCAGGAUUGACAAGCUCCAUGUUUACUCAUACGUGCCAGAUCAUGACAUACGUCAUCGGUUCGGCCUCUUCGACGAAGUCUGUACCUCAGGCGGAGUGCAAGUACGGCACUGCAACUGGAUUCGGUUCCUUCGAGUCUCAGAAAACUAUGGACCUCAAGUCAAUUUGGUGUGCACCAAAGUCAAAGGGGAGCCUGUUUAUGAAGCAGUUAAACCGGUAUCAGCACACACCGAACUGGUGGUCUACUACCUUCCGGAGAGACCUGAGGAGAUGUUCUUCGUGAGAAUGAGGAACAACCUUUAUAGACAAACAAUGGAUUCUAUAUUAGAAGAUUCACCAUUAGAUUUAUCCACAUCACUUCUGUCAAGAGUUUUAUUACCAAUAUCACCACCAUCUGGACCCGAAGAUGAACAUAAAUCAGUAUCAGGUGAUUCACUGACAUCAUCGUCGGCCGGAUCAUCGAAUGAACUCCUAGAAAUGACACCAAAGGUUCAGAGACGACCAGCAAAGUCCGAAAGAGCGUUAUUGCCUUGCGAAGUAUGUGGAAAGGCUUUUGAUAGGCCUUCACUUCUAAAGAGACAUAUGAGAACACAUACAGGUGAAAAACCCCACGUGUGUAUGGUCUGCAAUAAGGGCUUCAGCACAUCGAGCAGUCUCAAUACACACAGACGGAUACACUCAGGAGAAAAACCACACCAAUGUCAACACUGUGGCAAAAGAUUUACAGCCAGUUCGAACCUGUAUUACCAUAGGAUGACGCAUAUAAAGGAAAAACCACACAAGUGCAAUCUCUGCUCGAAGUCGUUUCCCACUCCUGGGGAUCUGAAAUCACAUAUGUACGUCCACAGCGGGUCGUGGCCAUACAAAUGCCACAUAUGCUCCAGAGGUUUCUCCAAGCACACCAAUUUGAAGAACCACCUGUUUCUCCAUACUGCUAAACAUCAAAGAAACAGCGCCAGAGACGCAACCUGAAAUAGAAAAAGUUCUUAAAAUUAAUGUUAUAUGAAAUAGUUUUGUAUGUCAUCUUAAACACAUACGUACAUAUCCAUAACGUAACAAGAUAUUAAAAGUGUGAUAUUAGAAUAGUUAAUUUUAAGUGUUAAUUUAUUUUUAAUAUAUUUAUACAAUACGAUAGAUGUUAAAAGUAAUUCUUAAUAUACAACUUAUUACUAAAUAUAUUGAAAAAUUAAGUGCACGGUUAAUUCCAAGAAAAUAUAAUAUAUAUGCAUAUACAUACAUAUAUAUAUACAUACAUAUUAAUUGUGAUAGGGGUAUAUUCUGUAUGUAAUGAGAAAGAAUUAAUGAAUAAGGGUCAAAUAAAAAAGAGUCUUUUUCAUAUUGCUUGAUUAAUUCAAGGCACUGAAAGAACCUUUAACAAACUAACCUAAUUUAUAAAUGAUUUUAAUGAUUUGAAAAAUAGGAUAUUUCUCAACAGACAUUUAUUUUUGUACUAGCGUUUCCGCCCGGCUUCGCACGGGUAGAAAUAAGUUUCAAAAAUAAUAUAUAUGCCUACGUUACUCGCUGAUAGUGUAGCUUUAUAUGGGUGAAAGAGGUUUUUAAAAUCGAUUGAGUAUUUUUUGAGUUUACCCAAACAGUCAAAUCUUUCCUCUUUAUAAUAUUAGUAUAGAAUAUAUAUAUAUAUAUAUAUAUAUAUAUAUAUAUAUAUAUAUAUAUAUAUAUAUAUAUAUAUAUAUACAAUUUAAACAAUGUUUGAAAAUUCUUUUUGCAAGCGGUAGGUAUUUUUUUAUCAAUAAUAAUCGAAUGUUAAUCCCGCCUGUAUUAUCGGUGUACAUUGACGAGGCACUAGUGAAAGAGGAUGAGUAAGGAUGAAAGCAGGUCAGUUAGCUCAUUGAGACAAAUAUCAAUUAUCAUUGUGAAAAUAUACCUCGUCAAGUUAACGUGGCCUUCAGCUGGAAAAUGAGUAGUUAUUGGUAAAAUCGUCAUUAUGUGUCUACCGAUCUGAUUCUAUCUCACUGGCUGGAGAUCAUCAUAGAUAUGAUCCAGAUAUCAUCUGGAUCAUAUACCACCAGCGCAAACUAAUAGCAUCAAAUUCAAUGUUUAUCCAUUAAAAAUCUAAUUAGUUGCUUACAUAAUAUUACAUAGAAUUUUAUAUAAAUAAAUAUAUAUAUUAUAUAAACAAGUGUCUUGUGAUUAUAUACAUAAUCCAAAAUAGUAUAUAAACAAAUGUUUAACAGUUGCAUUUAUUUAUAUAUAAACUUGCAACGAAUUAAUAAUUCAUACAGAUGCCAGUUUAAUAAUACAAACUGCAUAUUAAUGAAAUAAUCAUAAAAUAUCGAUUAUAUACACUAAGUUCAGAGUAAUGCGAUUCAAAAUAAGAUUAAAGAAAAGUGUAUUUGGUACAGCUAUUUAUUUAUCAUUUUUAAUGACUGUAUGACUUUGGAUUUUUUUUAAGUAAUAUAUAUAAGUCUUAAACUAAAAAUAAUUCUGACGAUUCAAAUAAUAUCGUUUCGUAUAUAACAGUAUAAUUUGCUAUAGAUAUUUUAUAUAUUGAUAUAACUAGAUAAGAGGGAUUUAAUGAACUUAUUCCGCUUUAUCAAAUGCACAUAAAAUUUCAAACAAACAUUGUAUUACACCGACAAAACAAUAUUGAAUUACUAAGACAGGGUUUUGUUAAGCACUGUUUGUAUAAACAGUGAUUUAAAUUAUUUUUUCUCAAACAUGCUCGGAAAUGUGAGAAAGGAAUCUAAGAAGGUUGUCUAAAUAAUUUUUGACAAACUUCUUAGAGAUAAAUCAAAAUUGCCAUACUGUUUUUUGGCCAGAUAAAUUACUAUGUAAACUCAUGUCUGUCCUGUAAUUUAAAAAAGGAAUGACCUUUUACUUCGAAACAUGGCUACCAAGGAGGUAACUAAUAAAAGGUUUUAUUUAAAUUUCGAACUGGCUUACAAAUAGAAAGCUGUUUGUUGAAAAAAAAAACAAAGAAACAUUAUGGCGCGUGAAAAAUUAUUAUUGUUCGUUAUUCGUCAUUGAACUUAAAAGGUAAAAUUGUGUUUUUGAUUUCCGCACAUUGUUUGAGAAAAGUACCAUACAAGUCUUGGCCACAACUAGGCAUUGAUGGACUCAUGUAUGUGUGCCUCUGCUACAACUCGGCCCACAUUUGCACGUUCGUCCAUUAAUGUCUCGGUUGCUGGCCGCUGCAAUAAUGUCCUAUUGUAAUAAGACCAAUUAUGUUAUUUAUAACUACUUUGACAUUUGGAAAUCUUCAGACAGAUUAUAUAUAU